AUGAAUAAAUAUAUUCUCGCGAGAAACGCAUUGUUGAAUCCGUACCUUUCGUUGCGUGAGUGGGUGGAUCGAUCCGCACGCGUUAUCGCCCGGGCCUGGUUGAAGGAAGGUCUUAAAUCACGCUGCAUCACUCGGGUUCUCAAAUGGGGUAUUCCUGUGCCACUUGAAGGCUACGAGGACAAGGUGUUCUAUGUGUGGUUCGAUGCACCGAUUGGUUACAUUUCCAUGACCAGUCGCUAUUGCAAGGAAUGGCAGCAAUGGUGGCAACCGGAUGAAAGCACGAAAAUUGAUCAGUAUCAGUUCAUGGCGAAGGAUAAUGUUCCCUUUCAAUCGGUCAUGUUUCCGGCUAGUCUUAUUGGGAUCAACAAAGGCCACACGCUGGUGUCUCACAUCAUGGCAACGGAGUAUCUCAACUAUGAGGAUGGCAAGUUUAGCAAGAGUUGCGCUGUUCUGUUCAACAAAAUUGAGCAGACCAAGAUCGAUGAGCUCAAGAAGAAAUACGCUGGAGUGCAGCAAAACACGGAGGCCAAACCCGUCGCAGCCAAGACCCCUACUGCCAGCAGCAAACUGUUCACCUCUCUCAAGGAAGCCCAGAAGGCAGUGGACGAACAGGCGGCGAAGGUGCGCAGAAUUAAAACUACCAGAGUAGACAAGUGCGUCUUCCAGCCGGAGGUUAACAUUCUCCUCGAACUGAAGAAGCAACUGCAAGCCCUAAGUCAACCGAGAACCUCAGAAAGCGCUCCCUCUCCGGUAGAUAGUCCUGUUGCCAUUGUCAAAGCUAAUCCAGAGGCGAUCAAAUCAUUGGAAGCGGAAAUCGCACAACAAGGAGAGAAAGUGCUUUCAGAUAGUGGAACUUCUGAAUCGCUGGCACAUCGGUGUUCGAAUGAAUCAGAGCUAAGAACACGUUCAUGGAAACCCACCAAUUGCAUAUAG